ACUUCUCUAAUGGCCUGGUUCCUCUUUUCCAUUCCUUCCUGUUUUCUUCUCUUGCCCUUUGAAUUCUUGGUAUUUCCAUGAUUGUGUAAUGAUCCUGGGUGCAUUCUCUGCCUGCGAUUCUCCAUUGCAGGGCAGGGGACUGGACCUGAUGCUGCAGGCUCAAGGCAGCUGUCUGUUACUGCCUCUCAUCACUAGCUGGUAUCGGAACAAUUGCCACAUUUGUUGCUUGUUCAGGACCUAUUUUAAAGAAGGGAUGACAUACAUUUUCUGAGAGCAGGGGAAGAUUUCUUCUCAACAUGUUUUCAGAAAGCAUUUAUAUUAACACAAACUUCAAAAAUAAAUUUGAUUCCUCAGACCUCAAUGCAGUCUCUCCUCCAGCUCCUCAAAAGAAGACCACGCCUCAUGAAAGUUGUCACAGAUUCUCCAAGGUCCUCCUCACCUCAUUCACUGUCUAUUUCUUGCUGUUGACAACCUUAUUCUCUGUUGCUCUGAUCACUUUGUUUAAAAAAUAUUCUCAGCUUCUUGAUGAAAAAGCAAUCAAAAAAGAAAUGAAUUAUACCGAAUUAGAGUGUACAAAACAGCAUUCACUCUUGAAAGACAAAGUCUGGAGCUGCUGCCCAAAGGACUGGAAACCAUUUAGUUCCCACUGCUACUUCCCUACGAUUGACUCAGCAUCUUACAGCGAGAGUGAGGAGAAGUGCUCCAGCAUGGGUGCUCAUCUGAUGGUGAUCCACAGCCAGGAAGAGCAGGAUUUCAUCACCAAGUUCCUGAAUCCUAAAGCUGCUUAUUAUAUUGGGCUUUCAGAUCCAGGUCAUCGACAGUGGCGAUGGGUUGAUCAGACACCAUACAAUGAAAAUUCUACGUUCUGGCACACAAGUGAGCCCAGCAGUGACCACGAACAAUGUGUUAUAGUAAGUCCUCGAGAUUCUGGUUGGGGCUGGAAUGACAGCCCUUGCAGUGAUAAACAAAAGUCAGUUUGUCAGAUGAAGAAAAUAUACUUAUGAAUCAAGCAUUGUCCAUGGACAUGGGAUUGCAUUUUUAUCCAUCAUUACAUGGACACCUGGAAAGAUUUUCUUGUGGAAGAGAUGUCCAUAGAUAUUUAGGUAGGCAGCCAACAGUUACACAAAUGAUAAUUCUGAUCCCCAUAUAUAAUUAUUUUAUUCAUCCUUAACUCUUUUAUAUAAUGAGACUUUCUCAUAUAUCAGAGAUUCUACAGGAUUCCUUUGUGCAUAUGUGAAAUCAUACCAGCUUCUCUGCCCUUUCUUAGAUUCAUAAAGUCUUAUUUGAUGACAGAACUUAUGGUGUAGUUCUCCACCUAUUUAUCUUUCUCUUUGUUCCUCUGUCUUUGGACUUAUUGAUGUA